ACAAAAUCAUUCCUCUUCUUACAUAGUUUCUAUCUUGCAAAUUUAUCGAUAAUGGAUUUUUUCACCACCGAGAUUGAGGUGACUUCUUCCCUUUCCGCUACUAAACUUUUCAAGGUUUACGCAGACUUUGACACCCUCGCACCUAAGGUGGAUCCUCAGACUUUCAAAGCCAUCAGUAUUAUUGAAGGCGAUGGUGGUGUUGGAAGCAUCAAGAGCAUUAUCUUUGGUGAUGGUGUUCCAUUCACAAACUCAAAGCAGAGAUUCGAUGCAAUUGACGUAACCAAUCUAAGCGUCAGCUACACAAUCUUCGGAGGUGAUGCCUUGUUGGAUAAUGUUGACUCAGCCACUCAUCAUGUUAAGUUUGUACCUUCUGCUGAUGGUGGAUCUGUAUACAAGCACACGGCCUUGUUUAAUUGCAAACCUAAUACUCAGCUAGGAGAAGAUAUUCUUAACUUUACCAAAGAAGCAUUCAAGAACACCUUCAAGGCAAUGGAGGCCUAUGCCAUCGCUCAUCCUGAAGCUUACUAGUUCUUGAAUCAACAAGCAUUUCAAAAAUUGCUUUGAUUAUAGACUGUUAAAAAUGGAAAUGAUUUCUUUCUUGUGUUUUCCACUUUUUUUACUUAAAUAAAUGGAUGUUUGCUUUGCUUUA